CUAGAACAUGAAAUAUUUUUUAAAUCAAUUGAAAAUACAUGUAUUUCUGUGUGCAUGUAUAUGUUAUAUAUCACUUUCUUAUUAAAUUUAUUGUAAAUGUUUAAAAUGUUUAAAAAUUAUUUUAUAUAUUUUUAAAAAUAAAUUAAAAUUUAAUUCAAUGCAAUACUUCAAUACUCCAUUUACAAUUGUUAUACUAUGUACAUUGUGUACUAUAUGAUACACUAUGUAUGUAUAUAUUGUAUAUGUUCAAAAAUGAUACUUAACCUUUUAGAAGCUGUUACAUGAAACAACAACCUCAGUUUCGUUGAUAUCAAAAUAAAAAAUUAAUAUAAAAAAAUAUACAUUUUAUGAAACUUUUUUCAUGUAAGUAACUUUUUAUAUUUAAUGCACUUUUAGAAAUGAUAAUGUGAAAUCUUACAGAAUUUCAAUAAGCUUGUGCAAGAUGAAUGUUAUUGAAAUAAUUUUUAAAGUCACUGAUGCAAAGAUAGGGUUCAGUAUUGCAGCAAUAAUAGGUUACUGUUUAUAUAAAAUAAUAGCAGAAAGAAGUAGAAAAAAAUUGCAAUCUUUUAAUAUUGAUUGUAAUGUCAAUAAUAUACAGAUGGAUUCGGAUAAUUACAAACUUAUCUUAGUUAUCAGAACUGACUUAAAAAUGGGAAAGGGAAAAAUUGCAGCACAAUGUGCUCAUGCUGCUGUUGAAGCUUAUAAAGCAGCUGAAAACUAUCCUGAGAUUUUACGUGCUUGGGAAAAAUGUGGACAAGCCAAAAUUACUGUUAAGGUGGAUAGUGAAAGUGCAUUGAAAGAAAUAGUAAAACAAGCUAGAGCUGUAGGACUUUUGGCAAAUAUAAUAAAAGAUGCUGGACAUACACAAGUAAAACCAGGAAGCAGAACAGUAUGUGCUAUUGGUCCAGGUCCAGCUGAAUUGAUAAAUCAAAUAACAGGUCAUUUAAAAUUGUUUUAAUAAUUCACAAAAUAAAGGUAUUUUAAUUUUUUAACUAACUUUUAAGUGUAUUUUUUUAAAUUUAAUUCAUCAUGCUUUACUGAUUAUUAAAUUUUUAUUCAUAUGCUAAAAGAUAAUUAAGUACAAUAAUUUUAUAUUUUGUCGAUGAUGUAAGUAUAAAUAUAUACAAGUAAUUUUUAGAAAAAAAUGAAAAAGUA